AUGCAUCGACUCGAGAUCAUCCGGAGGACCAUCGCGACACUUGGCCCAGGCGCGGCCGUGUGCAGCCCUCACCAUCGCGGCAUCAGUCACUCCGCGCUUGCUGAGUUUAUGGACUGCAUGGCGUACGUCGCCUUCCCUGAAUGUGGCAGCUUGCCGACGAAGGUGGUGCCUGACCACAUGCGACACCUUGACGGCAGUACGGUACUCCAGCGGGUUCUAACUCACAUGGCUGACCUCAUUCUCUCACAGGUUUGUUCUGCUUUUCUGCUUCAAGGCCACGCGAAAAGCUGUGGAAAUGAGGCAGAGGUUGUAAAGUCAUUAAAAGAUGGCCAGGAGUCAGAACAGCAGGGCUGUGUUCUUUUCAAUGACACCCAAGCAGGUGGCACGGCGGACUCUCUUUAUCGGGAAGCAAAACAAACGGCGGCAGAGAUUGCAGAGGCGUUUUUGACGCAGGAGUUACGACUAGUACGCUGGCUUCUUCGCACGGACGCCGAAGCUAUCCUUGAGCACGAUGUCGCAUCCACCUCUCUCUCCGAGGUGGCUCUUUGUUACCCUGGUAUACGCUGCAUGCUACACCAGCGCACUGCGCAUGCGUUGCACAAGCUUGGUGCUCCCAACAACCUUACGCGUCUUCUUACAGAAAUGGGACAUUCAGCCACCGGCAUCGACAUUCAUCCUGCCGCCUCUAUUGGUCACCAUUUUUUCAUUGACCAUGGCACGGGUACCGUGAUUGGGUCGACGUCGAUCGUUGGCAACCAUGUAACUAUGUACCACGGGGUCACACUGGGGGUGGCUUCUUUUCCUGUGGAUCGGAAAACAGGAAAGAAGAUUCGGAACCUGCCGCGCCACCCCAUUGUUGAGGACAGAGUGGUCCUCUACGCCAACGCGACGGUACUCGGGCGAAUUACGAUUGGGGAAGGCAGCGUCAUCGGUGCCAACUGCCGGGUAGUAGAGAGCCUGCCCCCGAGUUCCGUCGUUACCCGCCCCAGGAAGAGAAAACCUCCCGCUGCGGGGACGGCGUGGCAAGGGGGCGAGUGGGGCGUCUGGCAGCGGCACACACACAGGGGAAGAGAGAGUGAGAAAAAAUAA